UUUGCCUCUGCCGUGCAGCCCUGGUCUGGUUCCUCCCCCCGCUCCUCCCCGGCUCUCCGCCCUGCAGGCUGUGGUCGGUCCGGGUGCUCCGCCGCUGUGUGGCAGUGGGAGCUGAGUGGGCUCGGGCUGACACUCCGGAGGUCUCGUGCCUGUGACCUGAGCGGACUUGGAGGAUUUACAGCUGAUCUGCACGCACCGAGGGUCGCGGCUGCGCACGUGAACGCGCUGAAUAGGGUGGACGGUCUUCCAGGAACGCUUCAGGGAGUUUGUCUCCCCCGCCUCGGCGAGGCCUUUAAGGACUGACGGAGCAGAUUGUUGGAGUGAGGUGAGGCGUGGCGGCAGCUCGCGCUGUGCUCAGCAUGUGAUUAGGCUUUGCUUACAGCGAGUUUCACACCUCAGGCCUGUCUAAUGCCUCUGUUGUGUCUCUGCAGCUCGCGGCGCUCGGUUACCCAGCUGCGGUGGACGUGGACCACCUGUGGGUGGAGGAUGGCCCGCUGGAAGGAAGGCGCCACCCUCCUGCUGGCUCUGCCGGUUCUGCUCAGCCUGCCAGUGGAGGCCCGAACUCACGGCCCGGGUCAAACCCAGCAUGACCACGAACGCCUCCAGAACAUCACACUGGCUGUCAUUUUACCAGAGAACAACACCAGAUACCCGUGGGCGUGGCCUCGCAUCGGCCCUGCUGUGGACCGGGCCGUCAGAAACAUCAACGCCGACCCCACCCUCCUCCCCAACCAUCACCUUGUGUACUUCUUCAAGAACAGCCAGGACAAGGAUGGGAUGUGCUCCGAGUCCGUCGCCCCGCUCAUGGCGGUGGACCUGAAACUCGCCUACAACCCGUGGGCGUUCAUCGGGCCCGGCUGCUCCUACAGCUCCUCCCCCGUCGGCCUCUUCACCACCCACUGGAGCGUCCCCAUGGUGACGGCAGGCGCCCCGGCCGUGGCGUUUUCCAGCGGAACGUACCUGUCCAUCACCAACACGGGGCCAACGCACAAGAAGCUUGGGCGGUUCGCGGUGCGGAUCUGCGAGCAUUUUGGGUGGCGGGAACAGGUGAUGGUUGUCUUCAGCGACAACAAGAAGGACGACCGGCCGUGCUACUUCGCCAUCGAGGGUCUGUACAUGGAGCUGAGCAACAUCAACAUCAGCGUCGAGGAAAGCGUGUUCAUGGAGGAGUCCGUGACCUACUCCCAGAUCCUCUCCAAAAUCCAGGAUAACGGGCGAGUGGUCUUCGUCUGCUGUUCUCCUGACGUCUUCAGGAAGUUGAUGGUUGAGUUCAGGCGGGAAAAUCUCACUCACGAGCAGUACGUCUUUUUCUAUCUCGACGUGUUCGCCGACAGCCUGAAAUCUGAACACCGCCAGCCGUGGCGCCGCGGGGACCGUGAGGACGCUAUUGCCAAGGAAGCCUUCCAGAGUGUGAAGAUCCUGACGUACCGAGAGCCUCAGAACCCCGAGUACCAGGAGUUUGUCCAGAACCUGAAGGCAGAUGCCAAGGACAUGUUCAACUACACCAUAGAGGACUCACUGAUGAACAUCAUUGCUGGAGGCUUUUAUGACGGCCUGAUGCUCUACGCUCACGCUUUGAACGAGUCCAUGUUGGCGUCCAACGAGCGUCCGAAGGGGAAGGACGUGACCCCGAGGAUGUGGAACCGAACCUUCCCCGGUGUGACAGGGCUGCUCCACCUGGAUGACAGCGGGGACCGAGAGACCGACUUUGCUCUGUGGGACAUUGUAGACACCAACAGCACCACCUUCCAGAUCGCUAUGGUGUACAGCACCACUGAGGAGCAUCUGACCGCCAUACCUGGAACACACCUGUACUGGCUGGGCGGAGCCCCUCCCCCUGAUUUUCCUGUCUGUGGCUUCAAGAACGACAACCAAGUCUGUCUCGCAAAAACCAUCACCGUCUACCAGAUGGUCUCCAUCGUGGUCAUCUUCUUCUUCAUCUUGAUCCUGACCAUCGCCAUCUUCAUCUACAGGAGGAUGAAGCUGGAGAAGGAGCUGGUAGCUCAGCUCUGGAGGAUCUCCUGGGACGACAUCCAGAUGAGCGACCUGAACAAGGUGCUGCGGAGCGGCAGCAAGCUCACACUGUCACUGAGAGGCUCAAACUACGGCUCCUUGAUGACCGGAGACGGGAAUCUGCAGAUUUUUGCAAAGACCGGAUACCACAAGGGGAACAUCGUGGCCAUCAAAUACAUCAACAAGAAACGCAUCGAGCUCAACAGGAAGGUGCUGUUUGAGCUCAAACACAUGAGAGACGUCCAGAAUGAACACCUGACCAGGUUCAUUGGAGCGUGCAUCGACCCCCCCAACUGCUGCAUCGUCACAGAGUACUGCUCCAGAGGCAGUCUGCAGGACAUCUUGGAGAACGACAGCAUCACUCUGGACUGGAUGUUUAAAUAUUCCCUCAUUAACGACAUCGUAAAGGGCAUGCUUUUCCUCCACAACAGCGUCAUCUUCUCCCACGGUAAACUCAAGUCCUCCAACUGCGUCGUGGAUAACCGCUUCGUCCUAAAGAUCACCGACUACGGUUUGUCCAGCUUUCGGUCUGAGAGCGACGCAGCUAGCGACGCUCAUGCCUACUACGCCCAGAAGCUGUGGAUGGCUCCAGAGCUGCUCAGGAUGGAGUGUCCUCCUCCUCAGGGAACCCAGAAAGGAGACGUCUACAGCUUCGGCAUCAUCCUCCAGGAGGUGGCGCUUCGACGAGGAGCCUUCUACCUGGAGGGAGACCCGCUCAGCCCUAAAGAGAUCGUGGACCGCGUGAUUCUGGGGGAGUGGCCCUGCCUAAGGCCGACCAUCGACUCGCAGAGUGACCGCCCCGAGCUGGGUCAGCUGAUGGAGCGCUGCUGGGCCGAAGAGCCGACGGAGAGACCCGAGUUCAACCAGAUCCGAGUGCUGCUGCGCAAACAGAACAAGGAGUCACGGACCAACAUCCUGGACAACCUCCUGUCCCGGAUGGAGCAGUACGCCAACAACCUGGAGGAGCUGGUGGAGGAGCGAACGCAGGCGUACCACGAGGAGAAACGCAAGGCCGAAGCCCUGCUGUACCAGAUACUACCACAUUCGGUGGCCGAGCAGCUGAAGCGUGGAGAGACGGUUCAGGCUGAAGCCUUCGACUCGGUCACCAUCUACUUCAGCGACAUCGUGGGCUUCACCACCAUCUCCGCAGAGAGCACGCCGAUGGAGGUGGUGACUCUGCUCAACGACCUCUACACCUGCUUCGACGCCAUCAUCGACAACUUUGACGUUUACAAGGUGGAGACCAUCGGCGACGCCUACAUGGUGGUGUCGGGGCUGCCGGUGAGGAACGGGAAGCUGCACGGCCGAGAGAUCGCCCGCAUGGCGCUCGCCCUGCUGGACGCCGUCAGAGCCUUCAAGAUCCGCCAUCGACCCGAGCAGCAGCUAAAGCUGAGGAUCGGCAUUCACAGCGGUCCCGUGUGUGCGGGCGUGGUUGGUCUGAAGAUGCCUCGGUACUGCCUGUUUGGCGACACCGUCAACACGUCAUCACGUAUGGAGUCCACUGGCGAAGCGCUGAAGAUCCACGUGUCGGCGGCGACUCGAGACGUUCUGCUAGAGUUCAACUGCUUUCAGCUGGAGCUCCGAGGGGAAAUCGACAUCAAGGGCAAAGGGAAGAUGACCACCUAUUGGCUGCUGGGAGAGAGCGACAGCCAAUGACAAAGCACUGUCAACAGGAGGACGACAGGAGAGGACGGAAGAAACGAGGAAAAGAACUGAGGAGUGAAUAAGGGGUAACACCGCUACAGAUGAGGGGACGAGGAAAGGACAGAAGGGAGCGCAGCUUGAAGGAAAGGAGGACUCACUCGAGCGCUCCCCGCCUCCUUGCUGCUUCUCAUCUCCGAGCAGAAGGACUUUGGAUGGAUUGGGACUGUCGGACGGGAGGAAGUGACACAGGAACGGAGGCACACAAGGACCCGGACUCUCCUCACACUCGGAUCAAAAGUGUCCUGCUUUCCGGUCCUGGAAAAAGAGUUUUUCGCCGUCGUCUCGCUGGUACUCCGAGCAGUUUGUCUCUCCACGCUGACGUUCACCAUGCUGCCUCUUCUUCACUUUUAUGUGGCCCUGCAUUCAUCAUCUUCAUUUCCUGUCCCUGCUGUCACUGGAGGAGGGGCACCUGGACAGAGCGCCGCCAUGCUAAGAUGGUGAGGCUAAGGCUAGCCAGCAGGUUUGAACCUGGAACCUCGUUGCUGUGAGUCAGCGGCGCUAACCAUUAACGUGGGGUGUAAUCUGAGCUCAGUACUGCCCCUGAGGCCAGACACAGGAAGCACCCACACCACAGCAGAGAGACGCUGUUUGUCCUGCCUGAGAAGCAAACACAGCUUCUGUGGGAGGAACAUCUGUGCUGUAGCCCCUCCCAAAACCUCUGACGUCAGCGGCUGCGGCUUUGAGCACGUUUAUUUGGUGGAGCCGCACAUUUAAGAUGACCUCCUCACAGUGAGGGUGAGACAGCGUAAAGUGCAACGUUAAAAAUGCAGAGCUGCUCUGAUUCUAGCGAGUAAAGACCGGAAGAGCCUGAACCUGCAGGGACCAACGGGAGCGCUUUAUAUACCUGCAAAAACAACCACGCUAACGUCCUCCUGCUUCCUCUUUGCCUCUUGUUUUCAUGUGACGUCCAUGACAGGAAGAACACCUGAUAGGGCAGAAACGCAGGAAGUGAUGUGGGUUAGCUUCCUCGGGGGAGACUCGGCACAGCUGAGCUGACGGAGGCUGUUCAGCAGUUUGCUCUCUGUAUAUAAAUCAGUUUCACUGCAGUGAAGUCAAGUUUGUUUCACCUGAUUUUGUUCGAUAUCCCGACGGGACGAACACAUCGGAUCGGCCAGAGAGACAAAGGAGUCAAUCUAAUCUGUGAACUACAGCGUUCUCCAAAUAUCAUCAGUGAGGAAAAAACAGUCAAAGUUUCAGAAGCAUCAGUGUUUUUAUCACACAUGGUGAAGUGAGGAGUGAGCGCGGGCCCUCAGCUGCGUGCUGUCUGUUUGCAUCCCUGCAGCCAGGAGCUCCUGACUCAGGCUCGUAUACCACAGAGGACGCUGUGCAUCAGAAAAACGCUGAAGCUAAAAACAAAGCGCUGAGUUUGGGGACUGUUCUUCAAUAAGCAACCAGAUCAGCGUACGUCACCUCGCAACGAUCAAAGAAUCAACAUGGAAACCGCGCUGCCGUUUCAGAGCCCGAGAGGAACAAAAGACUGCAGAGCUGCAACGUGUCCGAGCACACGGUCGUCUUCUGCAGCUGCUCUACAGCAAACGCACAUCUGUGAGGCGCCGUCACAAACAGCUGGAGAACAUCAGAGACUUUCACCAAUCAGUGUUGAAUGGAUCAUUAUAACAUCUGCACAUGUUUCAGAUCAUUUAAAGUAAUUUAUAUUCUGCUUAUUGAAACUAGAUCAACGUAUUUUAAUCCCACCAUCGUCUGAAUAAAAGCCUCGAGCUGUG